AUGGACCUGUCAUCUAAUCCGAACUUAGGCAGAUACAUUGAGUCCACAGCCAAAAAUGCACCCUGGAAGCUUAGCAUCCUUUCCACGGAUUUCGAUCUCCACCUACUACCCCCUGAAAACCGCAUCACGGCGCUACAACUAGCAUCGAAGUUAAAUGAAACGGAGCGCCCUCUCUUGGUUGACGUGAGAAAUCCGAGCGAGUUCGGAAUGUGCGCAAUAGAUGGCGCUGUUAACUACCCUAUUGACUCUUUGAGGGACGAAAAGUUGGACGCAUUGCUUGAGGACAUUAAGGCUUGUUGCCGUGAAGUAACCUUCAUCUGCCGUCGAGGCAACGACUCUCAAAUUGCUGCCAAACGCGUGAUCGAUGCUUUGGACAUUCAUGACAAAGAGCGUAUCACCGACUUAACAGGCGGGCUGCAUGCUUGGGGUCAAUAUGUUGAUAAAGACUUCCCUAUUUAUUAGUUUCAGUUACCUAUCAAUCAUACUAGACCGAUGUACCAAAGUACGAUGGUAUAAGCGCUAAAUACCCAAUGCAGGUCUAUCACAAUGUGUACAUAUACAUGCUUCAGGCCAAAGCAAGUAUUAUAAGUAGUAGUAUUAUAAGUAGUAGGCCCUCAGUUUUGUAUGAAAAACGUAUUUUUCAUAAAUGUGAACGCUAUGUUUUCGUUAUAAUGUACACUGGGCGUCGUAAUCUUCGUAAUAAUGUUUUCUUUAGUUCAUUUCACAUAGCAUGAUUGUUGUUUUUUCUUUUCAUUCUUUCUGUAAAAGAAAAGCAGUGUUUGAAACCAUAUAUC